AGUUUUAUACAAGUUAUACGACCUGAAGUUUAAUAAAGAAAUGUUACAUACGAUACAUAAUGUAAUAUGAAAAGUGUUUAUAUAAAAAAUAAAAAAAUAUUCGAAAAUGGAAGUUUUAAAUGUAUUAAUUAUAAUAGGUCUCAUUCAUUGUUCGCUAUUCUUUUUUGACACAAUUUUUAAGACAUGUUCACAUUAUCCUUACUUAUAUUUUUUGAAAAAUACUGGUUUAGAAGUUCAAAUAUUACGAAUAAAAUGGUUUACUACAGCAUUUAAUCGUAAAAUAAUUAAAUGGGGAAUGGAUCGUUCUAAAUUUUGGACUGUUUGGUUUAAUGCAGGAGUGAUUGUUAGUGUUAUUAUUUUACCUAUUGCUACAAUUGCAAUUUUAAGAAUGACAUUUAAUAUAUGGACUAAUGGACCAUCUAUUGAUAAUACUAAUGAAUCUUUAUUAGAACCUAUGUUACCUGGAAUAGAUGUGCCCUUUAAUGAAAUUGGAUAUUAUAUCAUUACAUUAGCAGUUUGCAGUAUUAUGCAUGAGUUAGGACAUGCAUUGGCUGCAGCAAGAGAAGAUGUUCAGUUAUUUGGUCUAGGAAUACUAAUUGCAUUUACAAUACCUAUAGCUUAUGUACAUAUAAGCAGUGAACAACUUAGUUCAUUACCAUUAAAAAAUCAACUAAGAGUUACUUGUGCAGGAAUUUGGCAUAAUGUAGUACUUGCUACAGUGGCUGCUACCAUUCUUAUGCUUUCUACAUGGUUGUGGGCACCAUUUUAUGCAGUGGGAAAUGGAAUUUAUGUAAAAACUAUUUUACCUAAUUCACCUGUAUUAGGUCCUACAGGACUUCUUGAACAGGAUGUAAUAUAUGAGAUAAAUGACUGUUCUAUAAAACAUGCUGAAGACUGGUAUGAUUGUAUAUUGAAUACAAUUAAUCAACCAGCUCUUGGAUAUUGUGUUAAACAAUCAUUUAUUCAGGAAUAUGAUGAAUCAAUUCCAUCAAAACAGAAAACUAAUGGUGUUAUUAAUUGUUGUACACCAGAUAGUGAAGCAAUUGGAAAUUUAUGUUUUGAAUAUAUUGAAGGACCUCAAGCAGCUCCUUUACAUUUACCACCUCAUUCCUGUCUUCCAGCUAGAACUAUGAUCAAUCAGUCACAAAAUUUUUGUCAUGCUAGUUAUCAAUGUAUAUUUCAUGAUACUCAUUGUUUAAGACCUUCCCUUGAUAAUAUUACUAAGAUUGUUCAAAUAAAAAGAAAAGAAGGAAAGGAUGUCUUAUUUUUUGGAUAUCCAGCAGAUAUUUAUCGGACAAUUGAUGUAUCUGAUUGGGUACCUAAAUACUCAUUCUUAAAUCCUAAAUUACCAGAAGUUUUAACUCUUCUUUGUAAAUACAUUACGAUAUUUUCUGCGGGAUUAGCAGUUAUUAAUAUCGUGCCUUGUUUCUUUCUAGAUGGACAAUAUAUCAUAAAUAUACUUAUACUUUAUUUAUUAAAUUUUACACCUCAUAAUAAGAAUAUUAGACAAACUAUUAUAUUAAUGAUAACAAGUAUAGGUACAUUACUUCUUACUAUAAAUUUAUUGUAUGUACUUAUGAAUAAAUUAUUAUAAAUAAUGAAAGAAUAUUAUUAAUUAUUUAAAAUUUCUAUUUAUAAUACAAAGUACUGUAAUUACAUUCUUAUAUAGCCUUAAUGCCACUUUGUAUCACUUAAAUAUUCUAAUAAAUCUUACAGUAUCGUUUAAAAAA